CAACAAAAAAGCCCGCAAGGCAUCGGAAAAAUAAACAAACCCUAGCCCAAAACUCCCACCCUCCUCCUCCUCCGUUCUCUGUCUCAGAGUCAGAGAGAGUUACAUCAGUCUGAAAAAACUUUCAGUUGACUGCUUCCACAUACACACACAGAAGAGAAGAGAAUGGAUUCGGACGAAGGAAAGCUGUUCGUAGGAGGAAUAGCAUGGGACACAACCGAAGACACGCUAAGAGACCACUUCAACCAGUACGGUGAGGUCUCUCAGGUUGUCAUAAUGCGUGACAAGACCACUGGUCGUCCUCGUGGCUUUGGUUUUGUCGUUUUCUCCGAUCCCUCUGUUCUAGAUCCUGUUCUUCACGAUAAACACACCAUCGAUGGCCGUACUGUGGAGGCGAAAAGGGCUUUAUCGAGAGAAGAACAGCAUACAUCAUCUAGAACCGGGAGUUUUAAUGGUGGUAGAGGCUCUGGUGGUGCAGGGGAUUUUAGGACGAAAAAGAUUUUUGUUGGUGGCUUGCCUUCCACCGUGACAGAAGAUGGAUUCCGUCAGUAUUUUCAAAGUUAUGGUCAUGUAAAUGAUGUUGUAGUAAUGUAUGACCAGCAGACUCAAAGGCCUCGUGGAUUUGGAUUUAUCACCUUCGAUUCUGAAGAUGCAGUUGAUAAUGUACUCCAGAAGACCUUUCAUGAGUUGAAUGGUAAACUUGUAGAGGUAAAACGAGCACUCCCAAAAGAUGCAAAUCCAGGUAGUGAGGGGCGUGGUAGUGGCUAUCGUAGUUAUGGCUCCGCUGGAGCCAAUGUAAAUGCAGCUGAUGGUCGAAUGGAUGGAAACCGGUAUAUGCAGCCCCAAACUUCUGUAGGUGGUUACCCACCUUAUUCUGGAUAUGCUGCUCAUGGUUAUGGUUACGGAGCAGCAAACAGUGGAGUUGGUUAUUAUGGCAGUUAUGGUGUUAGUGGUUAUGGUGGUGGAAAUGGCGGAUAUGGUACGGGAGUGUAUGGCAUGUCUGCUGCUGUAAAAAAUAGUUGGGGCAGCCAAGCUCCUUCGAGUUAUGGUGCUUCCGGCUAUGGUGCAAAUGCAGGCUAUGGGGCUGCAUUUCCCUGGAGUGCUUCUGGUAGCGGUGGUUCUGCUUCUGCUCCUAUGGGUCAAUAUCCAACUGGAGCGUCUGGGUAUGGAAAUCAAGGCUAUGGUUAUGGUAAUUAUGGUGGAAGUGAUGGUCCUUAUUCUGGUGGCUAUGGAGCUACUGGAGGGCGUGCUGGGAAUGCUCCAAAUGGCAGUGCCAGCAAUGGAGCUGGUGGGGGAGAGCAACAGGGGAGUGGGAGCUACUAUGGUGACAGUAAUGGGAAUUCAGGAUAUGCAAAUGAAGCCUGGAGGUCUGAUCCUUCGCAAGCCUCUGGUGGUUACGGUGGUGCUCAUUCAAGAUAGGCAUCGCAUCAGUAAUUGAUGAUGCCUCAGGUUCUUGUGAGAAUUCAUAAUUAGGCAUCUAGUAUUCUUUCAGUAGUGGAAGGAUGGAAGUAUGCUCGCAGCAAAUCAUGGGAAUGGCUGGAUUGCUUUAACCCAGUUGUAUUUUGCACUUGCUUUCUGCUAGUAUAUAAUGGCUAGUAGUUCCAAGUAGUAGCUACAUCAUUUCUCUGAUAGCAUUUGCUUUUCAAGUCACAAUUGUUAGCUUCAAGUCGUAUUUUUGUUUAAUUGUUUACCUCUUUAUCUGUUUAAGCUUGGAGUGUUGUUCUGAGCCUUUUCUGUUAUUAUAUUGAUGUUGCUUAUGUAGGCAUCUGAUUGAAGGCUCUUUAUUAGUUAGCAUCUGUUGAUCUGUGUGUAUUCAAUGCUAUUUUGAGUAUAUGUUAUUAGAAGUCUGAUUUUCAUAGCA